AUGAAUUCUCUUUUCAAGCGUAUACAAAAAAUUUAUGAUGAUUCAUCCUCAAACUCGUCCUCUGAGGAUGAGUUCGAAGAUCUUUUAUUUUUGGAGUAUGAAAGAAAACAAUUCGAGCGAGGAUCAACAUCACGUACCGGUUCUCAUCGACAACGUUCGGUCAUUAAUCGACUGCAAGGUCAUGAACGCAUUUUCAACGAUUAUUUUGCAGAAUCACCAGUCUAUAAUGAUGCUAUGUUUAGAAGGAGAUUUCGCAUGAAUCGAGCUCUAUUUCUUCGCAUUCAAUCCACAAUAGAAAUGCAUGAACCAUAUUUUCAACAACGAAGAGAUGCAGCCGGUAGACUGGGGUUAUCUUCUCUUCAAAAGAUAACUGCAGCAUUGAGGAUUCUUGCUUCCGGAGUUGCUACAGAUUUCAUGGACAAAUAUGUAAGAAUUUCAGAAAGUACCGCUAUUGAGAGUGUGAAAUAUUUUGCAAAAGCAGUUAUUUCUAUCUUUGUUCCUAAGUAUUUGAGGUCUCCCAACAGCAACGAUAUUGAACUAUUACUAGCAUUAAACAAAACUCGUGGAUUUCCUGGGAUGCUAGGAAGUAUAGAUUGUAUGCAUUGGAAGUGGAAGAAUUGUCUGACUGCUUGGAAAGGGUCCCAUAACGACAUCAAUGUGUUAGAACGAUCCCAUGUUUUUUCUGAACUAACUCAAGGGCGUGCCCCCAUAUUUAAUUAUUCAAUCAAUGGUCAUAACUAUACAAUGGGAUACUACCUAGCUGAUGGGAUACAGGAUGAGUCUACAGUUGCUGCUGGAGCUGCUCUUUAUAAGCUUUACUGA